CGACGACCAGCUUUAAGAUCCCUUCCACGCCUAUACACGGCAUUCACUCUUCAUAAUCCCUCACUCGCCCUACAGGGCAAAGACGACAUAAUCUUCACAUUCCUGCCUGACAAGAUAACUCUAGUUCACAUUCUUCCAGAAAACAGAUAAUCCAAAAAAACGUUGGACAUCCUGUAAUAGUUUCCUGCCUCCGUACGAUACGAACGAAAUGACCGACGAAUUCACUCAAACACAUAACCUGCCGAAGAAGGACGAAAAGAGGCCCCCUUCUGUAUCAAACAGAAAUUCGAAGAGAACUUCAUCUAAUGCUAGACCUUCUUCCGCAGCCGGCAACCUCCAAGGUGCCCCAAGGCCUUCCUCUAGGUCUGGUAACAAGAAACCUCAAACAGGGGUGUCUGCUACUGGCGGCACCGAGUCUGGUUCAGACACCAACAGGAAAGCUCCCGAGCCUAAGAAAGCCGAACCUCGUAGCAAGAGCCAGACCGGUGGUGCCACACGAAAUGGUAAUCACCGCAAAGGUCAACCUUCUGCGUCUCAGGGUACACGCGGCAUGACCGGCCAUUCCUCUUCGCCUGCACCCCCUUCCGCAUCAGAAUCAAGCGAUGCUUUGUCUUCUUUACAGAGAGUCAUCGCAGACCUGAAGACAACUUCGCCUCCAAACCAAUCUUCCUCUCCUGGCAUCAAUAAUUCGCUCGCUGCUUCUAUGCACGCUCCGCAAGCACAACCUUCAAGCCUUCCAGUUAAUGCACUAGUGUUCCAGCCAGGUGCUUCUUCUUUCCCUGGGCCCAACCUCGCAGAUGCCGUUAGGCACCGCAAAGCUGUUUCGCUAGGCACCGCUGGUGUUCCCGGUAACUAUAACUCCUUCUCGCCUCACCUAGGCGCGAUGAUGGAAGAUGCCGAAGAUGGUACCGGAGCUUCAUUCGAAGACGGCGAAAUCCCUGAACAUUUCUACCCACAUCAACAAGGGCACCAGCCUCGCUCCCAGUCUCAAAGUUUCAUGGCUCCUCGUUUCGCCGCUCUCGCAGCACAAGAACAGGAUGUUCUCGGACCCACUGGUCGUCCGCAGCUUGCCCCUGGUUUCAUGUUUGGAGCGCGUAGAAGAACUAGCUCUAAUGUUCCCGUUGGUCUGCCUAUCAACGAGGAAGAUGUCAGAUUCCAGUUCCCUCAGCAACAACCCAACUUUCCUUCGGAUGAACAACCCCAUAGGAAGCCUGAAGGUGACUUCACAGGGAUUAUGGCUGAACAGAUUGCCCUCCAGAACCAGAUUGAGGCGCUUCAGCAACAACAACAAGCUUUGUACCAGCAGCAGCUCGCUUCGAACCAGGUCCUUUCACUGCAAACUCCGGGAUUGGUCCCAAACAGGCACAGGCGUGUCCAAAGCACAUUACCGACCAAUAUGGGUGGAAAUUUAGGUGUUAACGCUUUCAACUCCCCUAUGGGCCAAUUCAAUAGCAUGAGCAAUCUCGGUCUUGGUCUCGAUAAUCAGCCAGCUGGUCUCCCACGCGGCCACGGCAGACGACACAGCGUCAAUGUUGUCAACAAACCCGGUCCCGCUCAGGGGUCAAUCAGCUUUCCUUACAGUGGUCAGGACGGUUUCGAUGACGGUUUUGCACCUCCUCCUGGCUUUGGUGGUCACUCUCGCACCACUUCUCGAGUUGAUUCUAGCUGGCGCAUCAAUGGAGGUGUUGGCGCCAUCCAAGGCAACAAUGCAUUCGCCGCUGAUCUUGCUCAAGCACAAGCGCAGCUUCAAAGCUUGCAGCAGUUCCGUGCUGCGGCUGGGGGCCACCAUCACAAGAUGCCAUCUUUCUCGUUCCCCAACAUGCUUCCAAACAUGAUGGCUGCGAACAUGAUGGGUCUGAAUAUGGGCGGUGUCAGCUUACUGCAGCAGCAGCAACAACAGCAGCAACAGUUCCAAUCGCAGCUUCAGCAACAAUCUAACCAGCCCCAACGCAAAUCUCUUUUCGCUCCUUACCUACCUCAGGCUUCGCUGCCGCCACUUCUUGCAGCAGGAAAACUAGUUGUUGGGAUCUUACGAGUCAACAAACGCAAUCGCUCAGACGCAUACGUUGCUACCGAGGUUCUCGACGCCGACAUCUACAUUUGUGGAUCCAAGGACCGUAAUCGUGCUCUGGAGGGUGAUAUUGUCGCCGUGGAGCUUCUUGAUGUUGAUGAAGUAUGGGGAACGAAGAAGGAGAAGGAAGAGAAGAAGCGCAAGAAGGAAGAGAACUCCGCCUAUGACUUGAAGUCGUCUUCAGUACGCCGGGACGACAAGAAAAAGGAUGACGUUGAAGUCGAGGGCCAAGGUUUAAUGCUGUUCGAAGAUGAGGAGGUUACCGAUGAUGUCAAGCCUCAGUUUGCGGGGCACGUCGUUGCAGUUGUUGAGCGUAUGCCUGGUCAACUCUUCUCUGGCACUCUUGGCCUGUUGCGCCCUUCAUCCGCUGCGACUAAGGAGAAGCAGGAGGCUGAGCGCAGGGAACGUGAAGGCGAUCGUGGCGACGAGCCCAGGCGCGGACCCAUAGAACGCCCCAAGAUCGUGUGGUUUAAGCCCACCGAUAAGCGAGUACCGCUCAUUGCCAUUCCGACUGAACAAGCACCUGCGGACUUCGUCCAGAACUCUGAGGCCUAUGCAGACAAGCUGUUCGUUGCUUGUAUCAAGCGUCACCCCAUUAGUUCGCUCCACCCAUUCGGUACUUUGGCUGAAGAGCUUGGCCCCAUUGGAGAUAUCGAAGUUGAAACUAGUGCUUUGUUAAAGGACUGCAAUUUCCCUACAGAGGAAUUCUCGGACAGCGUUCUUAAAUGCCUGCCUCCCACACCCUGGACUGUACCAGAGAGGGAGUUUGAGGUUCGGAAGGAUCUUCGUGAAGAGCGCAUCUUUACUAUUGAUCCUGAGACUGCAAAGGACCUUGAUGACGCACUGUCCAUUAAGGCCAACGACGAUGGCACUUAUGACGUGGGCGUGCACGUCGCUGAUGUCUCUUAUUUCGUCAAGCCUAACACUGCUCUUGACCGCGAUGCUCGCAAGAGGGCAACCAGCGUGUAUCUCGUGCAGCGCGCCGUCCCCAUGCUUCCUCCCACUAUCAGCGAAGAGGCGUGCAGUCUUAACCCUGGUGUUGAACGUCUGGCAUUCUCGGCUGUCUUUACCAUGACCAAGGAAGGCAAAAUCGUCAACAGGUGGUUGGGCAAGACCGUCAUUAAAUCUUGCGCGAAACUGUCAUAUACCGACGCUCAGAAAGCUAUCGACGGUCACAUUCUAGGUGAUCUCGUGGUCGCUCCGGAACACAAUACAUCAGCUAUUGUACAUGACAUCAAGGUUCUGAAUGGUCUCGCAAAGCAACUUCGUGCUACGCGCAUCCAGGAUGGCGCUGUCAGCCUAUCGUCUAAGCGCCUCAAGUUUACCCUGGAUGAAAGCGGCCGACCAGUGGACUGCGAGCAGACCGAGAACAGCGAUGCAAACGACGUCGUUGAAGAGUUCAUGCUACUAACUAAUAUCACCGUUGCGCAACGUAUUGCCGUUCACCUUCCCGAGCAGGCCUUGCUUCGUAGACAUGACACGCCGCUCGAGAGACGCCUCAAUCUUUUCAUUGAACGUGCCAAUCGACUCAAUAUUGCAGUUGAUGUCUCCUCUAGUGGUGCCCUCAUGAAGUCAUUCGAGGCGAUCACAAACCCUACUGCCCGCAUGGUGUUGGAGCUGAUCUCCCACAAAGCUACUCAGCGAGCCAAAUACUUCUGCGCCGGCAUGCUCGAUAUCGCGAAAUACAACCACUAUGCUUUGAGCGUGCCCCUCUACACUCAUUUUACCUCUCCUAUCCGGCGCUACGCGGAUGUUCUUGUGCACCGUCAACUCGAAUCAGUUUUGCAGGGUGGAGUGGAACCUAAAUUCUCCAUGGACCGUGACGCUGUUGCAAAGAUUGCUCAACAGUGCAACAUCAAAAGGGACUCGGCAAAUUUGGCACAGGAGCAGUCGACCCAUCUCUACUUAUGUGUUCUAAUCUCGGACCUCACCCAGCGAUAUGGUCCUGUCAUUCGUCCAGCCAAGGUUGUUAGUGUCCUUGAUGCUGCGUUUGACGUUCUUGUCCCCGAGUUUGGCAUUGAGAAGCGGGUCCAUGUCGACCAAAUGCCUAUUGACAACCACGUUUAUGAUGAGCACUCGCAUACCUUGCAAAUCUAUUGGUCGACUAGGGACGUCCUUAGCUGGUUGGCGGAGAACAGCGAUGACGAGCACUUGAAGAAGGUUAAGCAGAACGCUGAGGCCCACGCAGUCAAAAUGGAAGUUGCAUCUCGCUCUGUGCAUGACGAGAAGGCCCUCUUUGACGAGGAUGAUGCCGAUGAAGAUGAGAUUGUGUUAGGAAGGGACAUGGAAGCUGAAAAGGCACCUGAGACCUCGAAGCAAAGGCUCUUGUCUGCCGCCAAGGUCCAACCUGUGUUUGAGGGUUUGAGGACCACACCGGCUGGCCACAAGAUUCAGGACAUCAAGGAGCUCAUGACCGUUCCCGUUAUCGUGACUGCUGAUUUGACCAAGAGCCCGCCCGUCAUCAAGGUGUAUAGCGUCAACCCUUACGCAGAGCAGAAGAAGUAAUACUCUGCAUCCACCAAUGACGACGGCGUUUUAUGUGUACGAUAACCGUUUGAUAUUCCAUCAUGCUCUCUUUUCCAAUUCCCUUCUAUGUUACUAACUCACGGUCUGUACAGUAUUCGGUCAUCCACGAUUUCCUUGUUACAUUCUCUCCUUUACUUCGCCAAUAUGCCGUUGUUGUCUACAGGCCCUGUGUUGGGUCGUGUCUCGCUAUACUAUAGCAUUAGUUCGUUAGUAGUAUGAAAUCUAACAUGUUGUCUUCUGUUA